AUGGGUGCUACCAAGACCUCUUGCGACACCGCGUUGGCCCACCAGAGCCACCACGACAUUGCGACCCAACCGAGCCUAUGGGGCUCCGCCCACGACUUGGAAGCGGUGGAGGUCGAAGGAGGAACUAAUCCUGAAAACAACAAGCGUCACGGACGGUGCCCGACGAUGGGCGGCCAAGCCCAUCGCGCCGGUGUCAAGCUGCCGCUAUUGUUCAUCGUCAAAGGGAAGCCAGGUGGGCCAACGGACAAACUCGAGUUGCUUCAGUACGAGGACGCGUCGGUGCUAAUGGUUGAUAAUCUCGACUGUCACGUCUCCGAGGAGUCGCAUAAGAAAGUGGCUGAAACGCUGUUUAGUGUUGUGGAACCACUGCCCAAGAACUGGACUAGUCAGUGCCAGUCGCUUGAUGUUGUGAACCAUGGAGAACACAGCACCCCAAACGCCACCAAACGAACGUACAAACGCAUUCCGUUGUCGGCCAAGAAGCGCAUAGUUGAUGCGUUCAACAACGCGAUGGACUGGAAGCGCGUCGCUCAAGUGAACGGCGUCAACAUCAGCAGCGCACGAAAUUGGCUGCAUCUGGACUCGUUGACGUCGAAACAACGAGGGGAAUCACGACUCCUGACGGAGGAAAACGUCGACAUGCUGCAAAGUUGGGUGGAGCAUGACGUCCAAAUCACGCUCCAAGAGAUCAAAGAUCGAUUGGCGCUUGAUUUGGUGUAA